UUGAAAUCGAUUUAAUGUCACCUGUUUUUAGAAUUUGAUGUUUGGGUCAUUCAAUAAGCGUUUCAACAUCAUGUGAUCAUACCAAUCUCUAACACCAGAAAAAAUCCCAAUGAUUGUAUCUACUCUAGCUGGCUACUCGGUUCAGUGUACCCCUAUGAUAAACUUCCACAUGAACAGAAGGUUUCUUGCCCCCCGGUAAUGGCCUCUUGUUGUCUUUGUACUCUUGAUUUCCUUGAUAAAUCGGGUCGAUUGACAGCAACAAAAAUUCAGUCGAGUUUAUGUUUGGGAAUUUCAUACCUUGGACUGGAUUAUCACUUGAGUAGGUUGACCAAGAUGAAAUAGUAGAAAAUUACCGGCAUGUCAGAUCCUGGAAAUAUCACUAACAUUUCUCCGGAACCCGAAUCUGAAAUAUAUAGUACCUCUGCAGAACCGGAACUAAGUCAUAACAGUACUACAGCGUACCCGGAAGCGGAACCGGAACCAGAACCAGAGGGGUGGCCAGAACCCGAGCCCGAAUGGUCAUUAGCGAUAGAGGAGUGGGGCCCAGCAUGGCCUUUCCAUACAUAUUUCUUUGGAUGUGCUUUUCUAGUUGCGGAUAUUUUAGCCAUUUGUUUUUUGUUUCGAGCAAUAAAAGGAUUCAAUAGACAUUACAAAAGUAGCCUAUCUGGGUCUCUUCUAGCAAUGUUAGUCAUGUUUUGUUCACUUCGAUUUAUAUACCUGAUCGUAGACCCCUAUCAUACAAAGAAAGUUUUCAGCAGACUCGCUGCUAGAUUACUGUGGUCACUGGGAAGUCCCUUUUUACUCUCUUCCUUCAGUCUCGUUCUCUUGGCGCUGAUUGACACUACAAAAAUGAGCGUGGGACCCCCCAAAUUCCAAAAAUUACCGGCUAUUUUAGGAUUUACAGCCGCUCACGUGAUCCUGGUCAUUUCUACUGACCUCUCUGUGUUGUUCUUCCCAGAGACGGACCCUCUCCUUGUGGUUUGUCAGGGCCUGUUCAUCGUGUUUGGGUUUCUGAUGUGUGUGGGAUAUCUAUACGUAGCGGUAAAGAUUCGGAGUAAUCUGUCCGCCAGCAGUCAUCUUCCAAAAGACAACUCUGGAAUAUCACGUCUGAUUUUUACCUGUUAUUUGUCCUCCGUCAUCGGUUUUAUGAUCAUAGCCACACACAUCUACGCCGCCUCUAGCGUGUUCGGAGUGUUCAGUGACGUCACAUUUGUGGACUCUUGGUCAUGGUGGGCACUGCAAACACUAAUGCGUUCCGAAGAGCUAGCGGAAGUUAUUGUUGUCAUAUGUGUUGCUAAAAGGUCACUGCUUCCAAAGAAGGCUUUCAAAAGAUUGGUUUCCUGUUUAACCUGCUGUAACAGAGACAGAGUUAAGAAAAUACACAUAUACCCCCUGAACGAUACGUAUGAACAAACACACGAUAUAAAUACCGACACUCUACAGACACACAAUGGAGUCAAAAGUACUCAUUAAUUCAAUCAGAUGUUUAUUUACACAAUGAUGGUUAUUGAUUAAUCUAUAUUAUAAUAGAUUUCCUGGUGAU